AGUGAGACACGCUUCCCGCGGUGCUUCGGCUAUUUGAUUUGGAUAAAAAAUAACGUGCAAACUAUUUCAAUGAAUAUUAAAAGUCCAGAAACUGUCAACAGCUGUAAUCACAAUGUGCUUUAUGUUUACAGCCCGGAAUUAAUCGAAACCUGUGAUUCACUAGCUAAAGUUCCCAAAAGGGCAAGUAUGGUGCACUCCUUGAUUGAAGCCUACGGCUUACUAAAACACAUGAGGGUAGUGAAGCCCCGCGCUGCCACCAUGGAGGACAUGGCCACCUUCCACACCGACUCCUACCUGGAGCACCUGCACAAGGUCAGCGAGGAAGGCGACGACGACGACCCCGAGUCUGUGGAGUAUGGGCUGGGUUACGACUGCCCGGCAACGGAAGGGAUUUUCGAUUACGCCGCUGCAGUAGGCGGAGCCACGCUGACGGCCGCCCAGUGCCUGAUAGACGGGACGUGUAAGGUCGCGAUCAACUGGGCGGGAGGCUGGCACCAUGCAAAAAAAGAUGAAGCCUCUGGGUUCUGCUACAUCAACGACGCCGUCCUGGGUAUUUUAAGGCUGCGAGAGAAGUAUGAGCGGGUGCUGUACGUGGACGUGGACCUGCACCAUGGUGACGGAGUGGAAGAUGCUUUUAGUUUUACCUCCAAAGUCAUGACGGUCUCCUUUCACAAGUUUUCGCCUGGUUUUUUUCCCGGGACUGGAGAUGUGUCGGACACGGGGCUUGGCAAGGGCAGGUGGUACGCGGUCAAUGUCCCACUGCAAGAUGGCAUUCAAGACGACAAAUACUGCCAGGUCUUCACCAGUGUCCUGCAGGAGGUGCACUCCAUGUUCAACCCAGAGGCGGUGGUGCUGCAGCUAGGGGCAGACACCAUGGCCGGGGACCCCAUGUGCUCCUUCAACAUGACGCCCGUCGGCGUGGCGCGGUGCCUGCGCUACGUGCUGCAGUGGGAGCUGCCCACCCUCUUACUAGGAGGAGGAGGCUAUAACCUUGCCAACACUGCCCGGUGCUGGGCCUAUCUGACUGGCACGGUGCUGGGCCAGACACUGUCCUCGGAGAUUCCGGACCAUGAGUAUUUCACAGAGUACGGCCCUGACUACGUGUUGGAGAUCAGCCCUAGCUGUCGACCCGACCGGAAUGAGCCCCAGCAGCUCGAGCACGUAAUCAACACAGUGAAAGGGAAUCUGAAGAAUGUAGUUUAAAAGCUGUCUAAAGCUCAGAUUUCCAAAGCAGGGAGGCCGAGCUAAUGAAGACAGUAUGUGGAAGUGACCGCCGGAGGGGAGAUUUGGAAAACAUUACUUGAAUGUUUCCAGGGAACUUUUAAUGGGAAAACCAGCUAACUGAUGUUGCCUGUUUUACUUUUUUCUUUUUUUUUAUACGGACGAUUUAAUACAAUGUUUUAAGAUACAGAUGAAAUGCAGACAGGGUAAUGGGUUACUCUGUGGCUCAUACACAAGAUCCAGUAACAUUUGCUCUGUAGAGGAAACUCGGUUUUGUGGCUGAAAAGGAUGAAUUUUUAGAUCUGAAAGGGAUUUUAAUACGUCUUUGUUCUGAUCUGUGUUUGUUUCCUUUGUAAUGUGACGGCACAUGCACGGUGCAAAUGUUAUACAAAGGACAGCAAUAUUCAAAGUUCAUGUGACUGCUUUUAAACCCUUAAACCUUAAAGUGAAUGAGAGUAAAGCAGUUGUAAAAGGCUUCAUCAGUACAUCUCUUUGCUCUUUCACAUGUGGUGAAGUAUUUUUACUUAAAGACUUGUAAGAAAGUAUCACUCUUUUGACAGUCUGUCCUGAUUGAAACUUAAAGCCUUUUGCUAUAGGAUUGUAAACUCCUUUCUGUCCAUAGUUUUUUUUUUCAACAUCCAAAUAAAAUGCCAAAUGAGAAUGGUAAAAGUGUUCAGAAGGAGAUCAACACUGUUUCAUGCUUGUGUUCUGUAUUUUGUUUCUUUCAGUCAGAGUAAAAUCUCUGCUGGUCUCAAAACAGCUCCCCAGUACAUUCUGGGACUUGUUAAAGUUGAAAAGCCAAAGUUCAAGUGCUUUUCAAGAGCAGUCUGUCUGGGAUAGUCUCCUGUUGUGAUCAGCUGUGGGAAUCAGCCAGCUUUUCUCUGACUGCUGGUACAGGUAUCACAAUCCAUUGAAAUAGCUCUCUUCCAAUCAGUGGUACAACAGAACACCUUUUUUGAAAACCCUGAAUGUCACUGUGAUUGGAUCCAUGGCUGUUUCACAAGCGAGAAUUUAUUACAACCAUGUUUUGCAAAGCUGCUGUUCAAAGUCAUUUCCCUGACCUAUCUGGCCUGCAGAAGCCUUCCUUUAAUCAAAAUGCAGUUUUAUUAAAACGUUUAAUUCAUAUGGGGAGGCGUGCAAGUGUUUGUCUAUUUCCAAACUGUUUAAAAUGUUAUAGUUUAAAACUGUUAUACUGUAGUUCCUCUUUUAUGUCAAGAUGUGAAAUAUGUUUUUGAUUUGUUCCUGCAAAUUUGAAAACUGCAUGUUGUCUUUCAGUGUAAAUAGAUUUCUUAUAAAAA